ACACAGCCAUUUCACUCCUCUCUUCACACAAAACCAUUUCGCUCUUCUCUACACACACAUUCAUCACACACCAUCGAGCACCACAACAUCGCCAUUGAUCCUUCCGGCAUCCACGAGCUCGUCCACUUCCAUUCACCACACGUCCAGCCGUCGGUGUGACUUCGCCGGAGCAGCAGCCGCGCUGCGCACUUCGCCGGAGCAGUACACGCGACGUCAGCAUCGGCGUCCAUCACGCCGGUGUCCGGCAGGGGGACGCGUACCUGUCCACCGUCAACCAUCGCGAGGAGAAGGACCAUGGCUGCACAAGGUAAAUGCUACUAAUCAAAUUUUAUUUGCAGUUCACGCAUGCAUGAGAUGGCGACGAGACGAGAAUGUCGGAGCACCGCUGGACGGUGCCCGCACGCCGUCGUUGAGUCUGCCGAGUCAUGUAAGUGCUGUUCGUCGGACUGGAGAGCAAGUCGCCGUUCGUUGUCAUGUCCGGACGAAGGGCCUCGUCAUGCUACCUCGCCGGAAUACUCCGCCUCGACAUCGUGAACGCCGCCCACGGAGCCAUGACGCCGCCCUCGCCGGAGUCGCCAUGCCGAACGCCUCGCCGACCGUCUUCGGCGGUGUUGUCAUCUUCCUCACGCCGUGGCGCCGCCGGAGCACGGGCCAUCCUCGCUUGGCUGGUGGCGACUUCCACCUCACAGCGUCUUCAUCAGCGCGCGUCAUCAUCCUCCUCACACGCGCUGUCGUUGAGUCCGGCCACACCAUCCUCCACCUCGUCGAGAUUUGCUGGGUUAACCCAGAGAAGGCCAUCUCCGUGCCGCCUAGCCAGAGCAUGUUGAGAAUCAUCAGAACCGCCGGAAACGUCGUCAAGCUGCCGUCAUUGCCGUCGUCGUGGUGCCGAGGCGUCUUCAAGCCGUGCUGUUCUGGCCCGCCGAUCGUCAUCGGUACAGGAAGAAGGAGGCUGUCGGGGCGGUCUUGAACGUCGCCGAACUGCCCUAACCUGAGUCCUAUCAGAGCCGUCGCCAAGCCGCCGCUCUCGUCUACACCGCCAGGCGAUGGAGAUCGCUGCCCAUGCGAUCCCGCUGGAGGUCGCCGGCAAGCCAUCGUCGUUACGUCGGUCUCCGCUCAUGCCGUCUCUAUGGAGCGCCGCUGUUAGCCGGGAGGCCAUGUCAUCCACUUUGUCGACGACGCCCUGACGCUCGUCAAGCCACCGGUGACGCCGUCGUGCCAUCAUCGCCGCACCACCGCCAAACUCCGAGCAUGUCUCGUCAUUGAGACUCCACUGACCGGCGACGCUUUCACGCUCGUCGCGGUCCCUGAGGCGCUGCCGAUGUUCACCUGAUCGCGCUUGACGGCGCUGCCUCCUCCUCCACGUGUUCUCCGUUGCUGUCGUUGCCGGCGCCAUGUCAUUCACAGUGCCGCGGGCUGCCGUAAAGCCAAUGGCCAAGCCUGCAGAAAAGCACGUCAUCUACAGUAACUACGGCAAAAAUCAUCACACACUAGUGUUUCACGUGUGCAUGCAUGCCACUGUGUGCACAGUGACAAGCAAACCAAAAUGGCUUAUUGCUAAGCUAUACUCAUUUGGCCAUGAGGAUGUGUAUCGUUAUACACUAAUUUCUCAAGUGCAAGAACAGUUCGGUGGUCUGCAUAGACCAUCUCUGUCCAA